CAUCAUGAAGAUGAAGACAUCUGGGUGUCUGCUAAUAUCUAUAAAUCAUAGCCAGGGAAUGAAGUCAUAAAAAUGUCAUACCCAGUCUACAAAGUUUUCACUUUUAAAAGUUCAUACUUGGUACGUAAAGUUUGCACUUUUAUCCCGGCUCUAUAAAUCAUAGAAUGAAGUAGCACUAAAUCAUUGAAUUAAAAAAAAAAAAAAAAAAAAUCGGGAACAGUGCUAGGAUUAAAGGUACACAGAAACGACUGUAGUGUGAAUUGAUCACGUAUUGGAUGUGUUCAUUACAAAUCUCAGCCUCGAUAUACCUUAGCUCUAAAAGAUUUUGCUACUAUCAUCUCAUAAGUUGUCCCAGUAUCCAAAGGAAUAUCAUAGCUGGUAGAGCAAUUGGGCACUGGCAGUUGUGAAUUGUGCGGCGUUUGUUAACUCUAUUAGAGCCAUAGUACUAGAAAAGCUUUUCUUUACAUCCGGUGCUAAACAUAGAAAGUAGUAGCCAGACAGUCUGAUAAUGAUUCCCGCCAUUUCUCUAUCAACUAACAUAACCGUAACAACUAACAUAACGGUCACUUCAACACCCAAGGCUCACAAAAACAAAAGACCUCUAAACUCAACCCUCAAAUCUCUGACUAAAGCAGGAAAACUAGAUGAGGCCCUUCGUGUAAUCGAAUCCUCACCGUCCAAACCUGUGGCGUCUGAGCCAGAUCUUGAGGCCUACUCUCUUUUCCUCCACUCCUGUAUCUCUAGGAAAUCCUUAGAACAUGGCCAAAGGCUCUACUUGCACCUUCUCCUCUCUAGAGAUAAAGGCAAUUAUGAUCUUCUCAAGAACCCCACCAUAAAAACCAAGUUCAUCACGCUUUUCUCAGUUUGCGGCCUAAUUGAUGAGGCCCUUGGUGUGUUCGAGGAUGGACUUGAACAUGAACUUGUACCCGAAUCCGUCUGGGUGGCAAUGGCUAUUGGAUUUUCAAAAAAUGGGUAUUCAAAAGAAGCUUUACUUAUAUAUUGUGGCAUGUUGUCCAGGUUAGUUCAACCGGGUAAUUUUGCAUUUUCGAUGGCCUUGAAGGCUUGUGCAGAUUUAUGUGAACUGCGGGUUGGUAAAGCGGUCCAUGCCCAGAUCAUCAAGUGUAAUGAAGAACCAGAUCAAGUAGUGAAUAAUGCUCUUUUAAGGUUGUAUACUGAGUGUGGGUGUUUUGAUGAGGUACUAAGGGUGUUCGAAGAAAUGCCUCAACAGAACGUUGUUUCUUGGAAUUCUUUGAUUGCAGGUUUUGUUCACCGAAAACAAGUGUUUGAAUCACUGGACACUUUUAGGAGGAUGCAAGGAGAGGGGAUUGGAUUCAGUUGGGUUACUCUUACAACAGUCUUACCGAUUUGUUCCCAACUGACUGCGCUUAAUAGUGGGAAAGAGAUACAUGCCCAGAUUGUGAAGUCCACUAGAAAACCUGAUGUCCCAGUACUAAACUCACUUGUGGACAUGUAUGCAAAAUGUGGAGCAACAGAUUACUCCAGGAGAGUGUUUGAUGGAAUGCAGAGCAAAGAUUUGACUUCAUGGAAUACCAUGCUGACAGGGUAUGCUGUCAAUGGGUGUCUACAAAAGGCAAUGGAGAUUUUUAAUGAGCUGGUUGAGUCUGGUAUUAGACCAGAUGCAGUAACGUUUAUUGCCUUACUGUCGGGUUGUAGUCAUGCAGGGCUUACUGGUGAGGGACAAAGAUUGUUCAAUGAAAUGAAGAAGAAUUAUGGGUUGUCACCAAGUGUAGAGCAUUAUGCUUGUUUGGUAGAUAUGUUGGGUAGAGCUGGGAGAAUCAAGGAGGCACUAGAGGUAGUGAAAUUCAUGCCUAUGAAGCCAAUUGGCAGCGUAUGGGGAUCAUUACUCAAUUCAUGCCGGCUCCAUGGCAAUGUUUCUCUAGGUGAGGCUAUUGCAGAGCAGUUGUUUGAGCUUGAACCUAACAAUCCUGGAAAUUAUGUGCUGCUCUCAAACAUUUAUGCGAAUGCAGGAAUGUGGGAUAAUGUCAAGAUAGUUAGAGACAUGAUGGAAAGAAGGGGAAUGACGAAAGAGGCAGGGUGCAGUUGGGUACAAAUAAAGAAUAGAAUUCACACUUUUGUGGCAGGUGGAGGUUUUGAAUUUCGUAAUUCUGCCGAGUAUAAGAAGGUUUGGAAUCAACUGAUGGAUGCUAUGGAAGAAAUUGGAUAUGUCCCUAAUACUGGUGUUGUACUUCAUGAUGUAAACGAAGAAACAAAAUCAAUUUGGCUUUGUGGGCAUAGUGAACGACUAGCAACUGUAUUUUCACUAAUUCACAGUUCUGCCGGAGUGCCAAUUAGAAUUACAAAGAACCUUCGUGUUUGUGUGGAUUGUCACACCUGGAUGAAGAUUGUUUCAAGUGCCACUGGGAGGGUGAUUGUUUUAAGAGAUACAAACCGUUUCCACCAUUUCAGGGGAGGAGCCUGCUCUUGUAAGGACUACUGGUGAACAGACCAUAGUCACAAGAAGGAAAAGGUUGCCUCCCAGAGUCCUUUUGAAAGCAAUCACUAAGAUGCCAAGCAAAUCUAGACCGCUUCUCAUCCACAGCAAUAAUCUCUGAGCAUCCGGAAAAGAGAUUCUGGUAAGCAUUUUGCCAACAAGAGUUUGUAGCAACCAAUUUGUUUUUAGCACUUUCCACUAGCC